CGCGAUAAGACCUGCCACAUACCCUGCUCCGAUAGCAAGAUACUUGCAUCCUGAUCCGCAGUCUGGCCAACGGCCCAUAGCCUCUCAUAGCCUUAUCGCCCCCUUCCACGCCCGCUGCCCAGCCAUGACGGCCGUAGCAAUGCAGCAGCCUGCCAUGGGCCCACGCCCAGUCGUCUCCAUAGCACCAGCUCGCCCUCGCACAGUACACAAGUCGCCCUCGACCAAGGAGAACCUGACCAAGCCAACCUCGUCCAACGGCCCCGUCUCCAACAUCCGCUCGCGGAGAGAACGCCCCUGUGACGCCUGCAGACGGAGGAAGAGUCGCUGUGUGAUACACGAGGGCGCCGCCCUGUGUGUCCUGUGCGAGUUCCACAAGCAGGACUGUACCUUUGUCCAAAGUCCUCUGCCCCGCAAGAGAAAAGUCGUCGACGGCGAGAAAAAGGAUUCGCCCAGCAACACAAAGAAGAGCCCCCCAUUACAACCACAAUCACCACCACAACCACAGUUGUCCCACGUGCAAAGUCUGCACCUACCUCAGCUUGGAGAGACGCUGGGCCUGCAACGGCGCCAGCACAGCAGAUACAUUGGUCUGAGUUCCCCUUUCGACUCUCUACUCAUUGGCCUCUCCCAAUUCGAUACCCAUAACGAAUCUACUUUUGAUCUCGGCACCCUUCGACGAGUAAACGAUCAUGAAUGCUUCAUCAUGCUACCUGACGAGAACACGCAAGAUUUUGCCGGCGAGUCCGAGGCACUGACUCAGGUCGAGCAGCUUGUGCACCCACAUGGCCCUGCCUUGCUAGACCUGUACUUUCAAGUAGUACAUCCAAACUACCCCAUUAUCCAAAAGCACCUUUUCGUCGAGCGCUAUCGCAGUGGCGAUCGGGGCUUCUCACCCGCCCUUCUAGCUGGAAUGUACAUUCUGGCCCUAAACUGGUGGUCCUUUAAUCCCAAGCUCGCAAGCUAUUCCAAACCCGAUGCCGCUCGGCUGGAAGCGGUUGCAAUGAAGGCAUUGACAUUGUCAAUGGAGCGGCCUAAACUGUCAACUGUGCAGGCAGGUUUGUUGUUGCUUCAGCGUCCAGAAGCAGAUUCAUGGAGUCUGACUACGCAACUGGUCGCCGUUGGUCAAGAAUUAGGCCUCCAUCUUGACUGCUCCUCAUGGUCGGUCCCUCUCUGGGAGCGUGGAUUGAGGAAGCGCAUCGCAUGUGCAUUGUAUAUGCAGGAUAAAUGGAGCUCAUUGAUCCACGGUCGCCCCUCACACAUCUUCAAUGCUAACUGGGCAGUCAAGCCCAUCACUGAAGAAGACUUUAUUGAAGAAGGAGACGGAUACGAAACACGGCAAGAAGAGACUGAGGACGAAAAAGCAGAUAGCCAGCGAGGACGAAUACUGUUUGCCCAGAUGAUCGGACUUACCCAAAUCAUGGCAGAAGUCAUGGACACAUUUUACACCCAAACUGCCAUUCAAGAUUUCGCAAAUGCAGGCAAAAAGUCCACUGAACUCAUUCUGGCACGCGCCAAGCCUGUACAAAUAAAGCUCCGCCAGUGGCACGAGAAGUUGCCUGCUGAAGUUAAGAUGAACACACCGGACAAGGGCAAGCUCACGUCGACCGGCUAUCUGCACCUCGCAUACUUUGCGACAGAAAUCACUUUGCAUCGACGCAUUGUGCAGUCUCUUGACUCGACCAACCCAGACUCUUACGGUCUUUUCAUGUGCCGCAGUGCUGCCAAGACGCGAUUGAUUUCUGCCAUGGACUUUGUCAACCGCCUUAAGCCAGAACAUCUGCAGGCCUUCUGGUACUUUGCUUCCAAGGUCAACUUUACCCUCAUCGGAACUUUUGGAUCGCUGUUGUGGGCUACAGCACCCGCCAAAGAAGAGGCCGAGUUCUACAAGCUGAGGUUGUGCGAAUACCGCUGGACCCUGUCCGUCUCUUCCAAGCGCGCCGACUUUCUCGAUUACGCAGUCUCCAUGCUGGACGCUAGCCGCGCCAUGCUCAGCAACCUAGCAGAAAAACCAAGUCUGGCCGAGCAGAUUAGCAACGCUGGUGUGCCCCCUGCAGCACCUCCGCGACAAUACUCAUCCUUCUCAAACAUGGGGCCGCCACAGAGUUCCAAUGGGUCGGGAAGGUAUGAGCAGGAAGACAUCGAUAUGGCCGACGGUGAUGACCUUCGAAGAAUGUCAUCUGGUGAAAGCUUUGACGGGUUCCACGAUGGCUCGCAGUAUGGUAGUCGUCCGCAUACGGCUGGCAACUCGCCUCGCUCUCAAUGAGCAGGCUCUUGAUAGGAUUUGGUGGUUACGAUAUUGGAAUGGUUUUGGUUAUUGGGUGGCAUAUACUAGAUUUGUUGGUUACGAUUUUUAGCGAUUCAGCGACAUCUUUACUGUUGGAUGGCAGGCGUUAUGUACUGGUGGUGCGCGCAGAUAUACCACAAGGGCUUUCGCAUAUUGCGCGAAAAUGGCGCCAUAUCGCGACACACAACGUCCGACACAUGUGUGGUCGGCUCCAUCAGCUUGCUUUUGUUUUGUGCAAAAAUAGUUAUGAUCUCAUGUUUCAUGUUAGCGCAGGUCGCGCGCCUUUGGUACAUCCAGUGGCUUUAGAGAAUGAAGCAUCGGUAUUCUGUCUCUUUUGAGAGCAGCACAAGCAGUUUCAGCCCCGUAGUGAGUUGUAGUAGUGUCGCUACAAAAGAAAAUAAGCACGAACAAUUUGGAGAAUUGCAUGU